AUGAAUCCUGAAAAGACUUUCCAUAUGCGAAUAGUCAGUAGAAGUGACAAAGAUGGUAGGACGUAUAAUAUACCAACAGCUUCUGAGGUUGCUGCUUUGAUUCCUGGAGAUUUUAAUUUAGGAAUGGAUAAGCGCGAUAUUGUUCUACAGCACAAGUCUGGACGACUUACAAAGAUUGAUGAGAUUCAUAUAUCCUAUCUAGCCCUUCAAUAUCCUCUGUUAUUUGUGUAUGGGGAGGAUGGUUUCAGGGUCGGAAUUAAGAAGGGUGUGACAGAGGCUUCAAAGAAACUGAAAAAGGAUACUAUUAGUAUGAGGCAGUUUUUUGCUUUCCGGAUUCAAGAGCGAGAAAAUGAGUCACAUGCUCUGCUUUACUCAAGAAGGUUAUUUCAACAAUUCAUAGUGGAUGCCUAUACGACAAUAGAAUCUAACAGAUUGAGGUAUUUGAAGCUUAAUCAGACUAGCUUGCGUUCAGAUAGUUAUGACUCUAUCAAGGAGUCUGAAAAUGCCGGCAACAUAUGUAUGAAUGAACAAGGUCAGGAAUUUAUUCUACUAGCUACCUUCACAGGGAGUCCGAGAUACAUGAAGAAUAUGUACUUAGACGCUAUGGCCAUUUGUAGAAAUUUUGGUUUUCCAAACCUUUUCAUCACAUUCACAUGCAAUCCAAAGUGGCAUGAGCUUACAACAUUUAUUCAAAAAAGAGGCUUGAAAUCAGAUGACAGACCAGAUAUUAUUUGUCGGAUGUUUAAGAUGAAACUCGAUUGUUUGAUGCAUGAUCUAACAAAGAAGAAUAUUCUAGGAAAGACAGCUUCGUCUAUGUAUACAGUUGAGUUUCAAAAAAGAAGUUUGCCACAUGCUCACAUUCUGCUUUUUAUGCAACCGUGCUCCAAAUUUCAUAAAACCGAAGACAUAGAUAAGAUUAUAUCAGCAGAGAUCCCAGAUAAGGCAUCUGAUCCAGCUCUUUACAAUGUUGUGAAAGAUAUGAUGAUUCAUGGUUCGUGUGGAGCUGCUAAUAUGAAUUUACCAUGUAUGGAAAAUGGGAGGUGUGAGAAAAAUUUUCCAAAACAAUUUGCUGAGAAUACUACAGUGAAGAAAGAUGGAUUCCCAGUUUAUAGAAGACGUGAUCUAUCUAACCGUUAUGUUGAGAAGAAUGGUUUGAAAUGUGAUAACAGAUGGGUCAUCCCUUACAACAAGAAACUCUCUCUUCGUUAUCGAGCUCACAUUAAUGUAGAGUGGUGCAACCAGACUGGUUCUAUUAAGUAUUUGUUUAAUUACAUUAAUAAAGGAGCGGACCGUGUGACUGUAAUUGUCGAACCACCAGGGCCACAAGGGGAUCAAACAACAGCAACGACUCAUCCAUCCUCAAAGUCAGCUGCAUUGAACUCAACAAUUGGGAGUGAUGGAGACGUUUUGAAACAGAAUGUGGAGCCUAGAAAGAAUUAA